UGGUGUUCCUGCCAUUGAGAGGAUUCACUGUGCGGUGACUCGGGCGGAGUCGGCUUUACUGUCGGGAAACGAGCUCAAUCAUUAAGUUAAAGUAUUUCAAAAAACACACUCAAUUAGCGUGUUGAAAUUUAUCUUACCUCUGGAUGUUACUUCCCUGAAGACGCGUCGUAUGAGGUGUGUUUUAUAGCGGUUGUGGUGAGUGGAUUUGUUGGAGAGCUGCUAAACUGGAGUUACGGGAAGCGAAGGAGAUUUUCUCGGCCCUGGUUUUCAUGAACGGGCCCCUUACAACUUACUAAAGUUCACAGAUAUACUUCAGCUGCUCUCUAUUUUCACCAUUCCCCGGUUCGAGUUACUCUGUGAGAUUCACAGGAUAAGGCCUCACACAGAUGGGAAGAGUGUGUAUAAAGCACCUUGAAGGUGCACCCAAUCAUUGGACUAUUAGUUUUACAUAAUCCACUCAUCCUUAGAGACUACAAUGUAGAUGAUGUUAAUAAAGACGUAAAGUCUUAGGGAGAAAAUAAACAACAACUUUUUUUGACUCUUGCCUCUCAUCCAAAUAUUGGUUCAAAGAACCAUUGUAAGCAAUCAUUAUCAUUUUUGUGACACCAAAAGUUUGAGACGACGCCAUCAAAAUGAGUGCAGAAGGAUAUCAGUACAGAGCGCUGUAUGACUAUAAGAAAGAGAGGGAAGAGGAUAUUGACCUGCAUAUAGGGGACAUUCUUACAGUCAAUAAAGGUGCACUACUCGCAGUUGGUUACACUGAGGGGAUGGAGGAGAGACCAGAUGAAAUCGGAUGGCUGCCUGGCUUUAAUGAAACCACUCAGGAAAAGGGGGACUUUCCUGGUACGUACGUGGAGUUCAUCGGCAAGAAAAAGAUUUCUCCACCAACUCCCAAACCAAGACCCCCAAGGCCUCUACCAGUGGCCCCAGGGCCUGCAAGGCCAGACUCGGACUCUGAGCAAAGCUCGAGUGCUCUGGUAGACCUGACGGAGCAGUUUGCACCUCCGGAGGUAGCACCGCCCAUGCUGCUCAAGCUCCUUGAGGCCAUCGAGAGGAAAGGUUUAGACAACCCUACGCUCUACAGAAACUUCACUGCUGGAGGAGGGCUGGAUGUCAGACAGUCCUUUGAUAGUGACCCUGCCUCGGUGGAUCUUGAGCAGAUGGACCUUCAGAUGUUGUGUGAUGGUCUGAGGAGGUAUCUUCAAGAUCUACCUCAGCCUGUCGUCCCCUCUGUGGUCUACAGCGAGAUGAUGCGCAUCGCUCAAGAAGUGCAGGGUACAGACGAAUGCGCACAUCACCUGCGGCUGGUGGCCAGCUCCUCUGCACUUCCUCCGCAGUACUGGCUGACCCUGCAGAGCUUGCUGCGCCACUUCUCCCGUGUUUGCCAGGCCUCAGCGGCCAACCUGCUUAGUGCUCGUGCCCUUGCUGAGAUCUUCAGCCCGGCACUCUUCAGACAACAGCCCACCAGCUGUGAGCCCAGCCCAGAGGCACACAUCCGGAUAAUUGAAGUCCUGGUGACCAGCGAAUGGAGUGAUAGUCAGGCGGCUCCAGCACUACCUCCCAAGCCACCCAAACCAACGUCUGUCACUAACAACGGUAUGAACAACAACAUGGCUCUGCAAGAUGCUGAAUGGUACUGGGGGGACAUCUCCAGGCAAGAGGUCAACGAAAAGCUUAGGGACACUGCUGAUGGUACAUUUUUGGUCCGAGAUGCUUCCACUAAAAUGCAUGGGGAUUACACACUGACACUGAGGAAAGGAGGUAACAACAAGCUGAUCAAAAUCUUCCAUCGUGAUGGAAAAUACGGCUUUUCAGACCCCCUGACCUUCAACUCUGUGGUUGAGUUGAUCAACCACUAUCGGCACGAGUCUCUCGCCCAGUACAACCCCAAACUAGAUGUGAAACUACUGUAUCCUGUGUCCAAGCACCAACAGGAUCAGGUGGUAAAGGAGGACAAUAUUGAAGCUGUUGGGAAGAAGUUGCACGAAUACCACCAGCAGUACCAAGAAAAGAACAGAGAGUACGACCGACUCUAUGAGGAAUACACUAGAACAUCACAGGAAAUACAAAUGAAAAGGACUGCUAUUGAAGCUUUUAAUGAGACCAUAAAGAUCUUUGAAGAGCAGUGCCAAACACAAGAACGGUACAGCAAAGAAUAUAUUGAGAAGUUCAGGAGAGAAGGCAAUGAGAAGGAAAUCCAAAGGAUAAUGGUCAACUAUGAGAAGUUAAAAUCACGCAUCAGUGAAAUUGUGGACAGCAAACGGCGUCUCGAGGAAGACCUGAAGAAGCAAGCGGCGGACUACAGGGAGAUCGACAAGCGGAUGAACAGCAUUAAGCCUGACCUCAUCCAGCUCAGAAAGACCAGGGAUCAGUACCUCAUGUGGUUGACACAGAAAGGGGUCCGACAGAAGAAACUCAACGAAUGGUUGGGAAUCAAAAACGACAACCAGGACGAUCAAUACUCAAUGGUGGAUGACGAUGAGGAUUUGCCACACCACGACGAACGCUCUUGGAAGCUGGGUAACAUUAACCGCCUCCAGGCAGAGGCCCUGCUGCGGGGCAAGAGAGACGGAACAUUCCUGGUCAGGGACAGCAGCAAAGCUGGAUGUUACGCCUGUAGUGUUGUUGUGGAUGGUGAGGUCAAGCACUGCGUCAUCAACAAGACACCCACAGGAUUUGGCUUUGCUGAGCCCUACAACCUUUACAGCUCUCUGAAAGAACUGGUCUUGCACUACCAGCAUACGUCCCUGGUUCAGCACAAUGACUCUUUGAAUGUCACGUUAGCAUACCCAGUCUACGCACACCAGAGGCGGUGAGGACUCGUGAACACACCCUUGGGACUCGUUACAAACACGGGAGUUGAGAAAGGGCCUCCCCUCGAAUGGAGACGCCUCCAGUAAGGCUGCUACCGAGGGCUUCUUUUUGCCUUGAAACGACCAUGUCGGAAAGCCAAGAAAGCAAAACCCAAAACGAACAUUUCAGCCACUGAGACUUUUGCCAGUCUGAAUGUAGUUUUCUUUAUUGAGCGGAAACUGCUAAAAUUUAACUCUCUCUCCCAAAAUGGAGGACUUCGGAGGCCUUUUCCAAAUGGUGCUUGUUCAUUUCAAAGCUUUACCCGCUGCUGGAAUGUGGAACAUUGAUUGAACGUCUAGAGUGCAUCUUUUUUUUACCUCUUCUACCCCUCGACCUGUUCGGUGCAGGUCCCCAUUUGUGUGUAUGCGUGUGGUUGUGUGUGUGUGUGUGUGUGUGUGUGUGUGUGUGUGUGUACGAGAGAAUGUGACCAAAACUCACAGUAUAUGAAAGCUAUCGGGAUGUUUAAUUUUCACGAACAGACCAUGGAAUCAGCUGAUCAAAUGUAGCAAGAUGGCACUUUCGAAACAGUAUCUACUCGUUUUCCUGUAAGAGACUCCUACACAAACAUUGAUAUGACACAUAUCGCCUGAAAGGAGCAGCGCGACGAGAAGCGAACGAGAUGCUUGGCAUUUCUUUUGUGAGCAUUAUAGUGACAGACUCUAAAACCAUUUCUGCUUUAUGGACUGGCAAGAAAGGAACUGAAACGGACUUCACGCUGUACAUACAGAUAGCAUCAAAAGCUAUGUGACACAACCAUAUUGUACCAAAAACGCAGUUCCUUCUCAGUUGUAUUCUAAUCUGCUAUGCAAAUUCUGUAUUUUCCAUCUUCUCUGCAGAGUUGUGAUUUUAUUUUACAUGUUGCUACCCAUAAUAUAAACUUGUUUUUAAUGCUUAAAGUCUUUUUUUAUGUAUCUAAGAGGAUAUUUUAAGUGUCAAAGCACCAAGAAGGGUGGCUUCAGUUUUACAGAAGAAGUGUGGAAAAAGUACUUUAUUACAUAUUUCUUUAUCAGCCGCUGGUAAAAUUAAAGAGAGAGUAUUUUAUUAGUCUUUUUCACUUGGAGCUGAUUUUCUCUUGGGCAGAGCCUGGAGGACAUUAGUGCUGUUUCUGUCUACAGUAAUGGUGAUAUAUAUCUGAACAUUUUCACUAGAGCAAACAUAAAUGAAUAAAACAUGACAUUUGAAAUAACUGCAAUUGAAUGAUUAAUGUCACGACAACAUAAUACUGCAGGUUCCUAAUCCAAUAUAGAGGUUUAUUUUGUGAUAUCUUUCCCAUAAUCGAGAGUGUAUUGAUUUGAUCCUCUGGAAUGAUGGAAAACAAAACAAAACAAAAAUUCAUUUCGGUGACAUAACUCCCUCUCAUUCCUUGUCAACAUAGUAUUUUUUCUGUAUCAGAAAAUCCUUAAUAGUGUUUACAUAAAUGGAUUAACUCAGUUCGACUAGUACCCAACGUUCUAGUUUGCGCCACAUUCUCUAAAACAAAAAAGUUUAUUACUUGGAUGCAACAAAGUUAGGGGAACCUUCCAGCUUGACAUUCAAAGCUAGCUACAGUAUUUCUGAUUUUAUCAUCACUGACAUCAGUAUUGCUUUUGCCUUCCCCUCUCAUCUGCAUUGCAGUUACACUUGACACAUGCAAAUUUGCAUUUGAUGUUCCACAUAAAUAAACAUCAAUGUGACACCAUUAAUUAAUGUUAUUUUUAAAUCACUUUUGUUGGUCAACUCUCUGUUCCUAUAUUUUGAAUUAGUUUGACUCCUUGUUUUAACUAGGCCUGAUUGCCUUAAAAUGAGUCAGCUGUGUAUUAUUAUUAUAAUUUUUUUUUAAGCAGAGAGUACUGCUGAAUUUCACCAUUUUGGGUUUUGUAAGUAUUUGAAGGUCUUUAAUGUAAGAUUUAAGAGGAAUGGUAAUUCUUGCGUUUUUCUGCCACGUCUAUACGCACAAUUGUCCUAUACUAUUAUGAUUUGCCCACCGAGUUAGCAUAAAGUUCUCAAAUGAUAAGAUGGGCUCUCUCCGAGUCCCCUUCUUACUGAGUAAACUAGCAUGUGGUUUGAAGCAAAUAUUUGAACUUCACAGGCCAAUUCGUUUCAAACUUUUACUGCUUGUGAUUUUGAAAAUCUGAGAAUCAGGAAGUUUACAUGUUCUAAUUCUUAAUUUGUUUUUUAACCAUUUUUUUUUAUUAUUAUUCAAUCUCUGCAAAUGUCACCGUAAACCUAUACUCAAUUACAAUGGGGAAGAAAAAAAACACACAACUUUCAUGGUAAUUUUAUCUGAGGCUUUUUUCUUUCUUUCUUUUCUUUCUUUUCUUUCUUUCUUUCUUUCUUUCUUUCUUUCUUUCUCCCCUUCUGCGUUGUACUCUUUUCACCUCUCGCUUAAAGGCCACAAACUUCCGUGUUUCACAUUAUCAUGGUAGUCUUCUUUCUGCAGCCCCUGUUCUCAGAAUUUCUUGUAUUUUGUGAAUCCAAUUUGUUUUUUUUUUUGGAAAUUGUAUAGCAUUGGUU